AGCGGUCAGGCGUGUGUCUUACUGUGUUUUGGCAGAUCGCCGGUUGUGUUCAGUUUCGGUACCCUGGCAGACUUUAGCUGUCUGCGGCACUGUGGUCACUCGAGAGUCGGCAGUUUGGAGGAGGCCUCCACAACGUGUUAGCGGUAUGAUCUCCCAGGUGUUCAUCUUGUCUGCCAAGGGGGAUCACCUGAUUUAUAAAGACUCAGUUCGCGGGGAGGCGGGGAGUGAUGUCGUCGGCGUUUUCUACGAGAAGGUGACGGCGUUGCCUGGAGACCAGCCUCCCGUUGUCAUGAGUCACGAGGGGCUGCACUUCAUUCACAUCCGACAGGGGGGGCUCUACUUCGUGGCCACAACAACCGCCAACCUGUCGCCCUUCACUGUCAUCGAGUUCCUGAACAGGCUGGCAGCCCUGAUUAAAGACUACUGUGGCUCCCUGUCGGAGAAGUCAGUCAGGAUGAACUUCGCCCUGAUAUAUGAGCUCCUAGACGAGAUGCUGGACUACGGGUAUAUCCAGACCUCCUCCACCGACAUCCUGAAGAACUUCAUUCAGACAGAGGCUGUCAGUGCCAAGCCAUUCAGCCUGUUCGACCUCAGCAACGUGGGGCUGUUUGGUGCGGACACUCAGCAGAGUAAGGUUGCUCCCAGUGCUGCAGCCAGCCGGCCCAUACUGACCACCAGGGGAGAGCAGGGAGGGAAGGACGAGAUCUUCGUGGACGUGAUCGAAAGACUGACAGUUAUCAUCGGGUCAAACGGGGUGCUGAUGAAGGCAGACAUACAGGGAGAGAUCAGGGUGAAGAGUUUCUUGCCCUCCUGCUCAGAGAUGCGCAUCGGCCUCAACGAGGAGUUUAGUAUUGGGAAGUCCCAGCUGCGUGGGUAUGGAGCAGCAGUGCGUGUGGAUGAGUGCAGUUUCCACGAGUCCGUCAAGCUGGACGAGUUCGACAGCUACAGGAUUCUGAAAGUCACCCCUAGCCAGGGAGAGCAAACAGUGAUGCAGUACCAGCUGUGUGACGACCUGCCCUCCUCACCCCCCUUCAGGCUCUUCCCCACGUUGGAGAGAGACCCCAGCGGCAGACUGCUAAUUUACCUCAAGCUCAGAUGUGAUCUGCCUCCGAAGAGCCCUCGGCGUGGUGGUCACUGUGCCUGUGCCCAAAGGCUCUCUGAGCCUGUCCCAGGAGCUCAGCAGUCCCGACCAGAGUGCCGAACUGCAGCUGAGCAAGAAGGCUGUGGUCUGGGAGAUCCCCCGCUUCCCCGGGGGGACACAGCUGUCUGCAGUGUUCAAGCUGGAAGUGCCAGGCCUGAGCCCCGCCUCGCUGCAGGAAGUAGGUCCGGUCAGCCUGUCCUUCGAGCUGCCGAAGCACACCUGCACCGGCCUGCAGAUCCGCUUCCUCCGCCUGUCCCGCGGCGCGCCCUCCCUGCCUCAGCGCUGGGUCCGCUAUGUGACGCACUCCGACUCCUACACCAUCCGCCUGUGAGCCUGGGGACCAGCCUGCCGCACGGGGGCUCGUCUUCUCCUUCAGAGCGGGCUGUCCGAGCGAGCGAGGGCACGUGCCAAGAGGCGGAGGGGGCAGCGGCAGCACAUGGAUUUGAAUGCGGUCAGACCACUGCAAGACGCGAGGCUCCAGGCACCCCUGCAGGCCAACCUGGUCAUCCUUCUCUUCCAGCUGCUGUCCAGACACUUUCUUGCACAGGGUUACAGAAUAUUCUUCAGGAACUCCCCACGCACCCCUUGGAACAAACCUUUAUAGAAGCAGGUGCUAUCAUUGUCUAUGACAGCCUGGAGAACAACCCCACUGAAGAGGACAGGGACAGCUGAAGGGAUGCUGCAGUCUUCCUCUGGAAGCAGAGUGACAGCAGGCGGUGGGUGUCUAAUACUAGUGGGAGUAGCUGGAACCGGGAAUUCACCAGUAAAUACACUGCAGCAGGCCUUUCACCUCACUCUGUGGAUGGACAGAACUUCAUCUUUUUCAUUUGUAAUUACUGUAGUAUCCAGUGUUCUAAGAGGUAACUCUGAGUCCAGUUGUUUUUCCUUUGCUAUAAAGGAGAGGGUAACCGGAAACCCGCUAAUGAUCACAGUUGGGCAUCACGGGAGCAGACGGUUGGCCCUAAUGAAGCCGGCUGCCAGGGGGAAAACUGUUGUGUGAUGGGCAUGGUCACGAUUCCCCCAGUUAUGUCUACUGCUCCAGUCAGAAACGAAGGACACAGGGCUGGAAAGACCAGAUAAAGUCAUCAGACAAAUAGACAUUCUGCACCUGGGUGACAUUCUCCCAUAGAAUUUAAGAACCUUAACACUUCCUGUAAUCAACGGGAGAGGUAAAGGAUGCCUUGUGAAGUCACACAUGAAUGCCUACUGAGGUAUAUUAUUCCAAACAAGUGAAGUGGCCUACCUCUUCUGAACUGUAUGAAAUGAAAUUAUAGUAUAUAUAUUGUACAAUAAAAGCAUAAACAUGACAUUUGCUUAAGGUAAAUAAAAAUUAAACACCUCAA